UUCCCUUCCCAUUCCAUCUAAUUUAUAUUCAUUUUCAAUCUAAUUACUUUCCUCCAUAAUCAUCACACCACUCUUCUUCAUUUUCAUUCUGGCUAUUUCAUUUCAUCUAUGGCCAACACCAAUUUCCAAUCGGAAGAUGCUCAAAUUCUAUCAACCUCCGAUCCACCGGUGUUAAAGGAAGAGCCCGCGGACAACGAUUUGGAGGCUUCAAUACCGGUUGCAAUGGUUCCUAUUUCAAUGUCUCAGAAACAAAUGCCGGUGGCGCCUCCCCGGAGGGCUACUAAAGACCGUCACACCAAGGUGGAGGGGCGUGGCCGGAGAAUACGCAUGCCGGCUGCGUGUGCUGCUAGAAUCUUCCAGUUGACUCGGGAACUCGGUCACAAAUCAGACGGUGAGACGAUUCGGUGGUUGUUGGAGCACGCAGAGCCGGCGAUCAUUAAAGCCACCGGCACUGGGACGGUGCCGGCACUCGCUGUUAGUGUUAACGGGACGUUAAGAAUCCCGACGACGCCAAACGAAGAGGAGGGUGAUGUGAAAAGACGAAAAAGGGGUUGUAACAGCGAGUUUUAUGACCUGAAUGACUCUGCAACUUCCAAUUUUGCCCCUAUAGCGCCGAUUGCCCCACGAGCAGUCGUGCCUUUGUGGACCAUGUGUGCACCACCGACCACCGGGUUUCACGGCGGAACUAUCUUCAUGAUUCCACCGUGUGGGGCCACCGGGCCAACUAUAUGCCACCAGCCCCAAUUGUGGGCCAUACCUACGGGUGCGACACCUGUUUUGGAUGUCCCACAGAGACCCAUAUCCAAUUAUAUUUCAGCAAUGAAGCCGGUGGUGUGUAUUGGUGGUAGCGCAGUUGAUACGCCGGCGGUGAGUUCAGGUUCGAUUUCAACGACGAGAAGAAGAGAGAUGGUUAAGGAUUUGUCAUUGGAGAUUGGUGAGAAAAGAGAGCUUCAAUUCAUGGAAGGUUGUUCAACAGAUAAAACGCCGAUGAAAUAGUCAGAUUAAUCCUCUUACUUGGUUUUAGUGCGUUAGGACCACAUAAGUUUUCUUUUUUAGACUUUAGUCCGUCUUUUUCUUUUUCAUUUUUUUAGUCCUACUAUGUGCUGUAAAUUGAUUCGAAAAUAGAUUUUUAGAACUUGGAAGAAAAAGGGAUAUAAUUUAUUAUUGCAUUUGCAAUAUUUUUUUUGGUUGACAUCCAAGAUAUAU